AUGCCUUUCCUCGACGAGCCCAAGGACGGCCAUCCCGUUGGUGCCACGACGUUUGCUGUUCGAGUUAGUCCAUCGAAGGUAAUCGGAAAUGCGCGACUGAACAACGAACCGGCGCUGCAUCUAGAAGAGGUCGCGUUCACUGCGUACUAUCCCGCAGGCCCGGCAACGCGCCGUAAGGGCAUGCCCUGGUUACUGAGGCCUUUGAACGAGUCGUUGCGUGGAUUUGUACACUUUGGACGGGUGUCUUCCUGGCUAAUAUGGCCGCUCAUCUACUGCUUCGGCGCGUUCAUCAAGGUCCCCGUGUACACAGAUGCUCCUCUGCUGCGCCCGCCAAAGCUUGAAACGAAACAAACACAAUGGCCCCUGGUACUCUUUUCCCAUGGAUUGGGCGGAAGCAGAACUGCUUAUAGUCAAAUAUGUACGCGCCUCGCUGCAUCGGGCAAAGUGGUACUUGCUCUAGAGCACAGAGAUGGUACAGGACACGUCUGCAUACCACGGUCUCAAGAUGAGACAGGUCGCUUGGUACCCCGUCCGAAGCGAUAUAUCCGAGAGAACGAUAUCAGCUGGGAACCAGACGAAUCGCCAAAGGACCAAGCCCAACCUUUAUCCCUACGCACAGAGCAGCUUGCAUUCCGCACACAAGAAAUCUACAUCGCGUAUGAAGCCUUCGCCAAACUCGCGAAUAGCGGGAACAAUGGUCAUUCCCUGGAGAACAUCGACGGCGCCCCCGUAGAUUGGGAAUCUUGGGGACCGGAUUACGUGAACUGUACCUCAGAUGUCACUCUGGCAGGCCAUUCCUUCGGUGGAUGUACCGUCCUUUCUAUAUUGAGCACCGAGCCACCCCCAGGCCACCCCCGGGUUCCUGUCACGAAGGCAUUGGUUCUCGAUCCGUGGUUAGAACCCUUGCCCACCCCCGGGCCGUCGCCCUACUCUUCCGCGACCCUCGCAAACGCCAUCGAAUCCGUUAACUCGGCCAGCGCGUCCGCGUCAACUUUACACCACGAUAGCCACGAUAGUGAUAAUAGAGAUGUUGCACAUGCCAUGCCUUCUGUGCAUCAUCAAAAGGGCGAAUUCGAACAAGCACGCUCCCACCCCAGAAUACUGGUCAUCAACUCGGAGCGGUUCACGCUUUGGAAGGACCAUUUUUCGCGAUUGCGGGACGUGAUCAAAGAAUGGGAGCCUCGUGGAGAAAGCAUUUUGACCAUAAUACGCGCCGAGCACCAGUCAUUCUCUGACUUCCCAGUACUUCCGCUGUUGAGAAAUAAGACAUCGCGCAUGAUCAUGCAGCUGAUAGCUAAACUGUCGAUUUCGUUCCUUGAUGGAAGCAUUGAGCGCACCGUGGAGACACUGAAAACCAGGGAGAUGGAAGCGAAGGUUAUUGGGACCAAGCCCGAUGGGAGUCCGAAACGUCAGUUAAUUGGUGACGCUGGGGAUUUGUCGAUCACUCUUUCCAUCACUAUUCACGCUAUGAACAUACGGCCUGCAAAAGUCGAUGACCUACUGGGCAUGCAGGCAUGCAACCUGCAAAACCUCCCAGAAAACUACACAUUGAGAUACUAUCUCUACCACGCCAUGACCUGGCCAUCUCUUUCAUACGUGGCUGAGGACCAUCAAGGUCGCAUAGUGGGGUAUAUACUGGCGAAGAUGGAAGAAGAGAGAGAUGAAAAGCAACCCAUCCACGGGCACGUCACAUCAAUAUCGGUUCUUCGCUCGUAUCGACGUCUUGGGCUAGCGAAGAAAUUGAUGGUGCAGUCGCAGGAGGCGAUGGCUAAUAUAUACCGCGCCCAAUUUGUAUCACUACAUGUACGGAAGUCCAAUCGCGCAGCGCUGGGGUUGUACAAGGACACCCUUGGUUUCACUGUGAAGUCUAUCGAAAAGGGAUACUAUGCCGACGGCGAAGACGCUUAUGCUAUGGAACUGUCGCUACAACAAUAA